GAAGGCAGUUGAGCCAGUUGGUGAGCAGUUAAAUGUGACGCCAAAGUUUGCAGGAAAAGAGCAGAGUAAAGAGAAGGCCAAGUCAGAAGAAAAACAGCAGAGAAAUGACACAUCUGAUGAGGAACUACAAUCCACGGAGUCUGCGGUUUCUCCUGGAUCUCUUCUCUCUUUGGAUGAAGAAUCGCUGGCAGAACGCGCCUUUGAGGAAUACAUGACGAUUAUGGACUCCCUCUGUCCCGAUAAGGUCAACAACUUUGGGUUAUAAUAUAAAAUCUAGAAAAAUGUAUAUUAAUAUGCAGGAUGCAGGAGAAUGGAUUUAUUAUGUCUAAAAGAAUAUCUGUUUAAGGAGUUAAUAAAACAUUCAUAUUUGGUAAGAAAAACACCCAAAAAUACCUUUAAAAAAAUCCUUAAAAUCUAAAAGUUUGUUCAAAACAGCCAAUAUUUCAUUAUGAAAAAAAAAAAAAAUCCCAAUUUUCUGCUGUUUCUGACUAUCCUCAGAUCCAUGAAAACGUGGAGGUCAAAGAGAGUGAGGAUGAGGACGACGAGGACGAGGACGGAGAGAAGGAGAAACUAGAGACAGAAAACAGCAUCUUUCUGAAGUAUCUGGAUGAACUGUGCAGUGAUGAGGACUUUGUCAGAAAAGUGGAGUCGACACUGGAUACAGAGUUCCUGGAGUCCCUCCUCUCUUCAGACCCGGAUAUCCUCGACUUUAUCGCACUGGAAACACAAGAGCAAGAGGUAACAUGAGAAUAAGUUCAGUAACAGAUGUGUAUUGUUGCCUCAUGAUGCGGCAGGUCAAUCUAGGAUUAGAAGAACAAGCCAGUUUCAGUAUUAGUGCCAUUUUGACCAUUAACAUCAACAGUACUGUGCCGCUGUGAGCCAGUAACCGAGGGUCUCUGAACCCUGCAGUUUGACCUUUCUGUAAAAAUAAAGAUGUGACAUAUACUGCAUGUUUAUAAAAUUAUUAUUUUUUUUAAUUUAAUUACUUACUUUCUUUUUGUUUCUUCUUUCUGACUUUGCAGGCGACGCUGCCGGAGCAGUCACAUCAACCUUCUGCCAACUCCAGCAGCGAUCCUAUAACUGACGGGUCAUCUCUGGUGCGUCUCUUAUAUCAUUACUGUAGUUAUUAUGCACAGAGUGAGGGGUUAGAUGUAUAUAUUUAUUUUACUGUCUUGCUGCUGGAUGAUAAGACAUGUUUUAACCUGGGCCUGUGGAGCCUCAAAGAUUUGGGCGUUUAUCAGGCAGGUCGGGUCUAAAGAAAGAUGCUGUUUAGCUGAAUUGUGGCAAAUGUAAGAUGCAGGGUUGUUGGCCUCUACUGCUUCGAUUUUCACAAAUUAAAUCAGAUUUUGAAAGCGCAAAACUAAAUCUCUACAGGGCCCUUUAAUUCUUCUUCUUUCAUAUCUUCCUCUCAGCUGGGAUCGAGACUGAAUGCAGAGCAUCUGGAUCCCCCCGUGUCUCCAGAUCCAGAAUCCAUUGACCUUUUUCCACUGAACGAAUUAAAGCAAUGGGUAACAUGAUACUUUUUUGCUUUAUGACGACAAAUAUUAAGUCAUAAUUCUAUGAGAAAAGUCAAACGCUGGGUUGUGUAUGAAAAGAUGAGAUACUGUAUAUCUGUUUGCAUCUGGGAAAAUGCCACAAGAAAAAUGUUAAUUACCUUAGUAAGUUUUUCUUCUUCCUGUUUUUCCUCUUGGUUUACAGGCGUUGGAGAUGACGGUGCAGGAACAAUCACAUCUACUGUCUGCUGACUCCAUCAGUGAUCCUGUACCUGAUGAAACAUCUCAGACACCUAUAUUGGAUCCUCCGGGAAACUCUGACACCAAUCCAAACCACGAUUGGCAAACUGCGCCUCUGGAUACAGGAUCAAAGGAAAGACGACUGCCAACUGAAGGCACGCCAGAACACUUCAGUCCUGUUGAUGCCUUGUCUAGUCUUUGUCACGAUGGCUCCCUUUUCAUGGAGAAUACUUUCACUUCGUCUCCACACUCUGCCCCAGACAUUCUUACUUUUGAUUUGGAGACAGCAGACCACGAUGUAUUGGCAGUUUUAUUUCUUGCAGAUGACAGUGGUCCAAUCGUGUCAGAAGACGCCGCAAUGUCCCUCUCAAACUUUGCAAACACCCAGUCAGCUCAGUUGUCCCAGAAGACCAAGAGUGGACCUCUACCUUGGGAACUCACUGCCUCCGAGUCCCCCUCAAGUUCCAGUGUUGCAGGGUCAACUGAAGACCCUCCUGCACCUCAUUUCAGUGCUGAUUUGUUGACUGACAGCCCACCACAGUCAGCUGGCCCUCAAGCUCUAAGGGUCCUGGCUUGGAAAGCACUUCCUCCUGCCCAGAUAAGGGAGUCUGAGGACCAACAUAGUCCCAGAAACAUAAACCCAGAGUCCUCGUGCCUAAAAGAUAUGUCACCCAAAGAUGACCUUAACAGUGCAAUCCCGGCGCCAGCCAGUUCGUCCGCUGUGGCAGAUUCCCAUCCAGACUCCUCUGAUGCUCAAGUUGAUGGCAAUUCAUCAGGCUCAGUGCCUGAAGAACAGAUAUUAGAGUCACCAGAAGGACUGCCAAUUUCUCAAGAAUUAGCGUCACCUUGCAUUUUCUCUGAAUUCAGAACAAGAGAGCGACAUGUCACUGAGAAAAAAUGUGAGAACAUUUUGGAAAAAGGUGCUACAACAUCAGAGAUGCCAAAGAAAACAGCAAGAAAAGCAAGAGAAGAAGGGAUGGCUAAAAUGAGUUUUGAACAGAAGGAAGAGAAUAAAGAGAAUGACACCGAACUCGUCAAAGUCAGACGCAGUCAGAGGCUGUCAGGUCAAAAUGAAAAAGAGAAAGCAGGACUUAGUGGUGGAUUCAAAACAGAGAGAGCAGACGAGAGGAAACCAAGUGAAAGGAGCAUUAAGAAAGACGGGGUAAUUUAUGAAAAACAGAGCAGACGGUCCUCGGGAGGAAGACAAUUAUGUAAAAGAGAGGAGAGUAAUUUUGAAGAGCAGAGCCAAGGAACAAAAAUAACACACACAGUCGAGCAAUUUUCCGAGAUGGGAAAAAAAGAACAGCAUCAAAAGCUCAGAGUGGAGAUACAGAGACUCGAAUUGAAGUCACUGCCCUCGCACUGCUCUCCUGCCUCUGCCUCCUGCAGCGAAACAAAGGUAGAAAACACUCUUUCAACCACAACACCACAAGAGAAAAGUGAAAAGGAUGAGGAGAGUAUAAAAAGAAAACAGGAAGGGAUUCAAAUAUCUGGUUUUGUAAGGAGGAGAACUAGGAGCAUAACUACUGAGGAAAAAGCGCAGCUGAUUCCUCCUUCUGCUUCUGGAGAUGGAAGGAAAAGCCAACACUCACAGAUGGAAACAAGUGAGAUAGAGGCCUCACCCGAGAGAGAAAUGCAGGACAGAGUAGAAGUGAAUGUAAAGGAGUUUGCAAAUGAGUCUGUUUCAAGUCCGGUUAAAACAAGCAGAAGCAGGAAAGAUGAAGAGGAGAGUAGCGAGACAGCGAACGAUACAAAUAAAGAUUUGCAAAUAAAGGUGGGCAAGGUCAACGAGGACUCUGCAAACUUCAGUACCGUCUCUCCACCUACAGCAUCAUCCCAGCGGAGCCCGGGAGUUCAGACAGCUCCUCCAACAGACAUGAUAAUGAUCGAUCAAGGCGGCCAGGAAGCCCCAGGGGAAGCACCACUGAAUGACAGAGAUGAGCAUAAGCAUCCUCUCUCAAGCCUGGAGUCGCCCUCUGUGAAAAAUCCCAAAUUAUCCCCCAGUCUAGAUCCAGAGUCGAUUCAACUGAACCAGCAACAAGGCAAAACAGUAGCACUAAGUGAAGACGGAGCUUGUAGACACAGUGAGGUCAUGCAAACGAAGACUUGUGAUUUUUACAGCUCAACGUCACCAAAGCCAAAGGUGUCUAGUCGCAAACCAAGUCCAGACCAGACAGAAGAUGUGAAAGGUGAGGGGGAAAGGGCAAAUGGAGAAGAGGCAAAACACCCAAGCCUACCGCUGAGUCCGAUGAAAAGAUAUCGGCAGGAACAUGAGGCUUCUGAAGAGACGAAGGUAAAUGAGACAGAAAAUGUGGGGAUUGAGACAGAAAUCAUCAAGAGUCCGAUGAAAAGAGCAAGGUGGAAGAUCAAGAUGGAGGUUGACUCUAGGAGAGCCGAGAAGCAGAGGCAAACAUGGAUUGAGAAAGGCGAUGAGGGGUCCAGCGGCAAGGAUGAAACAUUUGGCGUCUGUACACCAAGGACAAGAAGUAAAACAAAGGCCGUGGACAAACUGAUUUCAAAUCCAUCAUGUUCGACUGGACAAGAAACUUCUGAAGGUGAAGAAACUGCAGGCAAGACGCCUUCAAGAGAUGAGAGGAGUGCAACGAAAACCAGAAUGAUGCUCAGGCGAAUCCAGGUCCCACGCUUUCCUUCUAAGAAACAAAGGCGGCUCUCCAAGUUACCUACAAAAUAUACAGACUUUAUCUUGCACAAACCAAAGGUGAUGGGAAAGAAAAGGCGGGAAAAGGAAAAACAGAAAGAGGUGGGAAAAAGACGGACAACCCAAACACCAAAACCUACUUAA